GGAUGGAUGGAGGGAUGGAUGGAUGGAGGGCUGGAUGGUGUCACAGUAUCAGCCCAUUGAGGUCCCCGCUGUCCCCAGCAGUGGCAGAGCUGCAGUGUGGUCUCAACCGGGUUGAGCUGGACGCCAUCAGAGAGUGGCUGCUGGAGGACAAGGAGGAUGAGGAGGGUCCCCGUGAGGAGAGCCCCAAUGAGGAUGGAGACCCAGCUGCCCCGGAGCUGCAGGUGCUGGGCCAGUGUCACCCACUGUGCCCCCCACAGCCCGACCCCACAGCCCCAGAGGGGACAACGGUGUCACCAUCUCUACAACAAGGUGACGUCCCAGCAGGGGAGCAGGACGGCCCCAUAGAGCCAGGUGACAGAGUGGAUGGGAACCCCUGCAGUGUAGGGGAAGAUGAGGAGGAGCCCAACCCUACACACAGCGGUUCUGGUGAUGUACAGGCCGCAGACCCCUCCCCAUACAGACGUACCCCCCCUCAGGACACCCCCUCCCCGCCGUGCACCGCGCUGAGCAGCAGCUCCUCCAUCUCCAGCCUCAGCUCCUCCACGGUUCGGUUCGGCUUUAACUGCGGGUCCUCGGGGCCGCUCAGUGCUUUAUACCUGAGAGGGGUCUAUGGGGAGGUCUCGUUAAAAAAACACCGGGUCCAAACUGCGCUUCCGAACGAGGUUUUGCGUUUGCUGCCCGGAAUGGAUCUGUCGGGCAAGCAGUGCUCCCUGCCCCACACCCCCCAUAACCCCUCUCCCUGCCCCCCACAGACCCCCAUCCCCCCCGACAUCCUCCCCAACCGCGGACACCUCAACCUGGCGCUCAAAUUCAUCCCUGCAGGCUCUGAAGGAUCGGGGCAGCCGCCCACAGGUGAGCUGCACAUCUGGGUGAAGGCGGCACAGGGGUUGGUCCCAUUGAAUGGCAGCACAGUGGAUGCCUUUGUGCAGUGCUCUGUGCUGCCCGAUGACAGCAAGGCAGGUCGGCAGAAGACGCGGGUGGUGAAACGCAGCCUGAGCCCCAUGUUUAACCACACCAUGGUGUACGAUGGAUUCCAGCCCCACGACCUGGCCCAGGCCUGUGCUGAGUGCACCCUAUGGCAGCGGGACGCCUUCGCCAAGAGGCAGCUGGGGGGGCUGCGGCUCAGCCUGGGCACAGGGCUCAGUUACGGGCUGCCCGUGGGCUGGAUGGACUCGACGGCGGAGGAGCGGGGUCUGUGGGGCCGGGUGUUGCGGGACCCCGGGCAAUGGGUGGAAGCGCUGCUACCGCUGCGCACCGACCUGGUGCCCCGCAGCGCCCCGUGACCCCCAGCGUGGGGAUAUGGGGGGAUAUGGGGGGCUGGGUCGGGCUGUGCCCCACACAUAUGGGGUCUGUGGGGCCGCAAUGAAGCACCGCACUCUCCUCGA